GCUUCCUCCAACAACCUCAGCCACCCAGCCUCCAAUUCCUACACCCGAAAGUCUAGAGGCGAGAUGGCUGCACCCAAGGUAAUCGUUUUGGGAAGCCUCAAUGGCUCGCUGCUGCCUGCCUUCACGAAGCUCGCGACCCUUCACGCCAAGAACAGCUUCAGCUUUGCCAUUGUCACAGGCAAUUUGUUUGGCAGCGACGACGAUAGCACGGUUGAUUCAAUUCUCAGCGGCGAACUGAAGGUUCCCCUUCCUGUCUACUUCACUGUCGGUACAGCGCCCCUUCCUCCGAAGAUCAUUGCCAAGAUCGAAGCCGACGAGGAAAUCUGCGAGAACCUCCACUUCCUCGGAAAACGAAGCAUCACAAAGACGUCAGAGGGAGUUAGAAUUGUCGCACUCGGCGGGAAAUUCGACAAAGAUGUGGUCGGCGGACAGUCGAAGGAGCAGCACCUUCCGUACCACACCGCGGAUGAUGCUAAAUCGCUAAAGGGAGCGAAUAAGGCAGACAUCUUACUCACGACCAUCUGGCCAGCUAGUGUCUGGACAGGGUCCAAGGUCGCGCUUGUCCCGGAGAACCAGGCAGCGAUUGAGAGCACGGCUGAAGUUGCUGAGCUGUGUGCCACCCUCAAACCCCGAUACCACUUUUCCUCUUCGCCCACCGAGUUCUUCUACGAGCGAGAGCCUUUCGUGCACCCUCUUGAGGAAGGCGCAGAGGACGCGGCGGUGACUCGCUUCAUCUCGAUGGCCCCCUACGGAAAUUCGACCAAGGCGAAGGCGCUGUAUGCAUUCACAAUCACUCUCAACGAGACCAAUGUCGAGAAACCCGCCAACGCCACCUUUACGCCGUUCAGCCAGAGAAAGCCAAAGAGGCGGGCGCAGGACGAGGGCUCCUACAGCCGCUUCGCCAACGGAGACGACGAUGGCCGCCAUCACCGCCGCGGAAACAAGCGCCGACGUCAAUCACCUCCUCCCGGCCCGGACCGGUGCUUCUUCUGCUUGAGCAACCCCAACCUCGAUACCCACAUGGUCUGCACCAUCGGCGAAGACAGCUAUCUUGCUACUGCCAAGGGCCCUCUAGCCACCUCCCAGACCUUUCAGGAGCACGGUAUCAACUUCCCUGGCCACGUCAUCAUCACGCCGCUGGCGCAUACACCGACCGUUCACCACUCUGGCGUCGAGAACUACGCUCCCGAGGAGGCGGAGAAGACCCACAAGGAGAUGACCCGUUUUCGCGAGGCCCUUCAGGCCAUGGUCUCGACGAAGUCGAACCGCAAGCUGGGUGCCAUCACCUGGGAAAUCAGCCGCGGCCGCAACAUUCACGCCCACUGGCAGUUCCAUCCCAUUCCCGCAGACUUUGUUUACAAGGGUCUUGCUGAGGCCGGCUUCCGCGUUGAGGCUGAGAAUCUCAAGUAUCCCGAGUUCGAGAGCCGCGAGAUCUCGUACGAGGACCAGGCUGACUUUGGUGACUACUUCCGCAUCUGGAUCUGGGCAGACGAUGGCGAAGACAGGAUUAAGGGCUCUAGUCUCGUCAUGAAGCUCGAUCCCAACAUGCGCUUCGACCUGCAGUACCCGCGCAAGGUUGUGGCGAAGCUCCUCGGUCUCGAGAAGCGUUUCGUCUGGCAGGAUUGCACGCAAACCAAGGAGGACGAGGAGAAGGACGUGGCAGCUCUCCGCGAGGCUUUCAAGGAAUGGGAUUUUGCGCUUCAGUGAGGAAGGCGUACAGCACACAUCGAGGCGACGUCGGGACGCGUGACAAGUUUGAGCAUGAUUACAUCGUUUUUCUGGCAUGGCAUUUGGCAUGGGCGGCGUUUGGGGGAUACCCAGGUAACCUGCAUAUUUUUGCUACAUAAGCAGAUCGGUAGUGGGGAGAGGUUGUCAUUUGGCUUUCCAACUUUGCUUUUUACACGAGCGGAGGCAUAUCAUGAGGAGCAGAUCU